UGAAUAAACACAAAAGAAUUAAAAAGGCCACUUAACAAUAUAUAAACCCACACCGAAUUUUUCCCUAGUUAUAAUAAUAAUGCAAGACGAGAACUUUGAAUUCGGUCGCUGGCUCUCGACGCCACCUCCUGGUGAUGAAGUCGUCAUCACGGGUAUUUCCGGACAAUUCCCCAAAUCCGGGAACGUCAAACAAUUCCGGGACAAUCUCUUCAACAAGCAAUCAAUGCUUUCGAAAAUUGAAGAACGCUGGUUGGAAAAACACACUGAAAUUCCUCCAACUGGCGGCUUCCUCCCGGAUAUCACUAAACUCGAUUUGGGAUUUUUCGGGAUUCAUUGGAGGCAAUGCCAGACGAUGGACCCCACAGUUCGGGGCUUCCUGGAGGUUAGUCUGGAGGCGAUCCUGGACGCUGGCGUCCAUCCAGAGGAGCUAAAAGGGAGCAAGACUGGGGUUUUUGUGGGGUACUCGUGGUCGGACGUUGAAUGGGCGUCUUUGAGGAGCAUUGACGAACCUCAAACUUUCGGAAUCACUGGUUACGAGCGUUCGUUUAUUCCUCGAAGAGUUAGUUAUUUUUUGAAGCUCAAGGGACCAAGUUAUGUUGUUGAUACUGCCUGUAGUAGUUCGCUGAAUGCCCUAGAUCAUGCCUUCAAGGCCAUACGAAGCGGGCAAUGCGAUAAUGCCCUUGUUGGCGGUUGUAAUCUAACACUUAACACUAAUACAACGCUACAGUUUGCAAGGUUUGGUGUUUUGAGUAAGGAAGGACGAUGUAAAGUGUUUGAUCAGGAUGCUGAUGGGUAUGUGAGAAGUGAGACCAUUGCCUGUAUUUUUCUGCAAAAGGCGAGAAGUGCAAGAAGGAUUUAUGCAAAGAUAAUCCAUUCGAAAUCAAACCAUGACGGUUUCAAAAACGAUGGUUUGUUCUUCCCCUCAUCCGAAAUGCAAAGCAAACUCCUUCAGGAAAUCUACAAUGAAAGUACCAUCGACCCAUCACGCCUCAUCUACAUGGAACUGCAUGGUACCGGUACCAAAGUGGGCGAUUCUGAAGAAAUCCAAGCUGUAGACAAGGCAAUUUGUGCCAAACGAACGCAACCACUUUACAUCGGAGGUGUCAAAUCAAACAUCGGCCACGCAGAACCGGCCUCAGGCAUGGCCGCCAUCAUCAAAGUACUCCUUGCCAUGGAAGAGGCAACUUUGAUCCCAAACAUCAACCUCAAAAAAGUCAAAACCGGAAUGGUUGCACUUGAAACCGGACGAAUGAAAGUUGUAACAGAAGUAACACCGUACCAAAGCAACGACACCAUCAUGGGAGUGAGUAACUUUGGGUUCGGUGGUACCAACUGUCACGUGAUACUUGAAAGAGUUGCAAAGUUAAAACAACAAUUUGACGACAACAUCCCGCGAUUGGUUUGUGUGAGUGGGCGAACUGAAGAAAGCGUUCAAACUAUUCUGAAAAAUCUGGUACCACUAAAUUAUGAUUUUGUCGCACUGUUGCACCAAAUUUUCAAAAAACCGUUCAACAAUCAUUUGUACCGCGGGUACUCAAUUGUUACAAAAAAUGAUACUGUUGUCACUUCAAUCAGGAAGAAUUUGGAACAAAAAACGCAAUUUGUGGUCAAUUUUGGCCGUUUUGGCAAGUCGUACCAAAUGGUAGGAAGGUACUUUCUGCAGUUUCCGGUGUUCCAGCAAGCGAUGCAUCGAAUUAACAUAAUCUUAAAUGAGUACAACCUGAACAUCAUUGAUUUGAUCCAAAAAUCUGGCAUUCAAACAAAUCUAGGAGGCAUCGCCGUCCAAAUAGGAAUAGUUGACGUUCUCAAAAACCUAAGACUUGACCCAAUCAUGUCAUUCACUGACUUGGCCUCAAAACUAGUCAGUGAUUAUCACGAAGGUCAUUUAACACUAAAGGAAGUACUACUCGAAUCACUAAAUUACAAUUACAACGAAACGGUACUCACUAACCCGAAAAAAACGCGCCACCAAACAAACCCAUCAAAAUUAAACCCCCCACCACCAAACUCAACCAUCCUGGACCUAUCUGACUCAAACCCCAACAUCCAGGACCAGUUUUUACCCAUCUUGGGCCAACUCUUCCAGCAAGGGUACCACCCUCACCUCGACCAAUUGUACCCAAAUUUGCCAUUCCCAGUUGGGCGUAACACCCCAAUGGUGGCACCAUUGGUCCAAUGGGACCAUUCCAAGAGUUGGAAAGUUGACCCAUUUGUCAAACUUGCCCAAUGGUCGAACAUGGAAUAUGACGUAAGACUGGCUGAAGACAACCUAUAUUUGGGCGGACACGUGAUCGAUGGGCGCAAUUUAUUCCCAGCUACUGGGUAUUUGACCAUUGUUUGGGAACUCAUUGCUAAGGAACGCAACAUCAUCCCGAUUUAUUUGCCCAUUGUUUUUGAAAAUUGCAAAUUUGUGAGAGCGACCACUAUUCCAAAAACGGGCUUUGUUACGUUUUCUGUGUCUUUGCAAAAAGUCAGCGGGGAGUUUGAAAUUACGGAAAAUGAUUCCGUUGUGGUCACUGGACGUGUUUCCACGCCUACUCACUUAAAUUUUGCCAAGUUACCUGAUUUGGAACUAAAAACUGAAGUUACUGAAACUUUGGACGAGUCUGAAAUUUAUAAAGAAUUGCACUUGAGGGGGUACAAUUAUACAGGGUGUUUCAAAGGUAUCGUCAAGUGUAAUAUAGAUGCGUCGGUUGGGUUGAUUCGUUGGGAGAACAAUUUUGUCAGUUUUAUGGAUAAGAUGCUGCAGUUGAAACUGCUUGAGUUGGAUUCAAGACUGUUGUUUGUUCCAAUUGGGAUCAAGAAAAUUUUAAUUGACCCUAGAAAACACUUGGAGGAACAAGAAACAGUCAUGAAGGUGUCGUCUUAUCGCCAUUGCAAUGUUUUAAAAUGUGGAGGAAUCGAAAUCAGUGGACUUUACGCAAGGCCAAUCUCGCGUCGUAAAGUGACACUUGAGCCGGUCCUGGAGACAAAUAUUUUUGUCCCGAAUGAUUUUACGACUGAUUUGAGUCAAUCAGUUCGAAUCAACACUCAAAUAAUCCUCGAAGAGUCGCUUGAUAUUAAUUUCAAAGCAUUGGAAAUCCAUGACGAGUUUUCGCCACCAGAUACGUUCAUAAUGCCUUUGGUGUUUAAUGCCCUUGAGGACGUACCUUUGGUACAACCCGACUUAACCAUUUCGACCAAAAGCCCAGUUCAGGAAAGCCCUGGUGUGAAAAUCACCUCAGAUGGGCUCACACCUAGCAAUUUUCUCUUAAUUGUUGGCUCAAAAUUGCUCCAACGUGCCUCUUUUCUCAACCAGAUUUUGGCCUCAUUGAGUCCGCAUGGGUUUGUUUUAAGUCGCGAGGAUUUGUCUUACGUUCCGGAAAAUAGCACGAAAAUCUCAAUUCUGACCCAACAUUGCAUCGGAAAUGAGAAAUUGAUACUUUUCCGGAAGUUUGAAUCAAACGAACGACUUGUGGUUGAGUUGAGUUCAAGUCAAUGGAUGUCUCAACUGAAGCAAGCUUUAAAGACCAAAAACGAGACACUUGUCGUGAGCCAAAAGAACCAAAUUGAGGGAAUUUUAGGAUUUGUUAAUUGUGUGAGGAGAGAACCUGACGGGAGGAAAAUUCGGUGUGUUUUUAUCAUGGAUCAAGCGCCUGCUUUUGAUCCCAAAAACACCUUCUACAGCCAACAAAUUGAUAAAAAUAUGGUCUUUAAUGUUUACAAAAAUGGAAGUUGGGGGACGUACCGACAUUUACGUCUUAUUGAAACAAUUAAGCAAUCAAGUGAACAUUCCUUUGUGACUUGUUUAUCACGUGGUGAUCUUUCGAGUUUAAAAUGGGUUCAAGGUCCCUUAUCCCGUCAAAAAACUAGCCAAAAUUUAGUCACUACCAGUUAUUGCGCAAUUAAUUUUAAAGAUAUUAUGACCGCCUCUGGUCGCAUUACCUUGACUAUGGACCGUAUCAGUCAGGAAAACAUGGAAGGAUUUGAAUUCAGUGGCGUAGAUUCGAAAGGUAAUCGUGUUAUGGGCAUGGUCAGUAAUGGAGCUUUAUCAACUUUGAUUGAUCCUGUUCCACAUUUGACUUGGAUGGUACCACCUGAAUGGUCUUUGGAAGAAGCAGCCACAGUACCAGUAGUUUACUCAACUGUGAUUUACGGUCUUUUGAUGCGUUCGAGUUUGAGUGCUGGUACUUCAAUUCUGAUCCAUUCUGGCACUGGUGGUGUAGGUCUGGCGGCCAUUAAUGUGGCACUUGCCCACAAAUGCACCGUUUUUGUGACUGUUGGUACCAAAGAAAAACGUGAUUUUCUCAAGAAAAACUUUCCGGAAAUUAAUGAGAGUCAUAUUGGGAAUUCCAGAGACGUUUCGUUCAAAGAACUGAUUUUGAAAGAGACUCAAGGUCGUGGCGUUGAUAUAGUUUUGAAUUCUUUGGUUGAAGAAAAAUUGAAAACUUCGAUCCAAUGUUUGGCACGAGGUGGCAAAUUUAUGGAAAUUGGCAAAUUCGAUUUAGUUAAUAACAACUCGCUUCAACUUUUAUUGUUGGAGAAGGAGGCAAGUUAUCAUGGGAUUAUGUUAGAUUCGUUGUUUAAUGGACCAGUCGACGUUAAAUUAACACUUAACGACAUGGUUUGUGAAGGUGUUAAAAAGGGUUACGUUAAACCUUUGCCAAGGACUGUUUUUGAAAGUGCGAAUGUUGAGGGUGCUUUCCGGUACAUGACCACAGGGAAACACAUAGGGAAGGUUUUACUCAAGAUUAGGGAAGAUAAUCACAAGGAAGCUUCGAUUCAGUGUUUGCCUAAAUUCUGGGCUGAUCCAAGCAAAUGCUACAUAAUCCUAGGUGGCUUGGGCGGUUUUGGCUUAGAAUUAGCCGAUUGGUUGGUCUUGAGAGGAGCUCGAAACCUCGUCUUAACUUCAAGAACUGGCGUCCAAACCGGUUAUCAAACGCAACGAAUCAAAAUCUGGCAAUCAUACGGCGCUCGCGUCAACAUUUCCACAAUCACCAUUUCGUCAAAAGACGAUUGCGUCAAAUUGAUACAAGAAGCCACAAAGUUGGCUCCAGUUGACGCAAUUUUCAACCUCGCUGUUGUCCUAAAGGACGAAUUAUUCGAAAACCAAACCGAAGAAAAUUUCCGGAUUUCUCUCACACCGAAAGCUUUCGCCACCAAAUAUCUGGACCAAGUCUCGAGAGAUUUGUGUCCGAAUUUGCGAUUUUUCGUCGUGUUUUCGUCCGUUUCCUGCGGACGUGGAAACAUAGGACAGAGCAAUUAUGGCAUGGCCAACUCGAUCAUGGAGCGAGUUUGCGAAAAAAGAAAAAGUGAAGGGUUUCCAGCCUUGGCCAUCCAAUGGGGAGCAAUUGGAGACGUCGGCCUUGUUGCCAAAAUGCAAAAAGACAACAAGGAACUAGUAAUUGGUGGAACACUCCAACAGAAAAUCUCCAGCUGUCUUAACGUGAUGGACCGUUUCCUCAACCAAGACAAUCCAGUGGUUUCGUCAAUGGUUGUGGCAGAAAAACGCGAUAAAAGAAUCGGUGGUGAAAAUCCAGUCGACGCAGUCUGUGCUAUUUUAGGCAUCAAGGACAUUAAAACAGUUAACCAACAGUCGAAUUUAACCGAACUUGGAAUGGACUCAAUCCUUGGAAACGAAAUUUUGCAAACACUCGAAAAAGACUUUGACAUUUUUAUUCCACCAAAGGAAUUAAGAAACAUGACAUUUGCCAAAUUACUCGACUUACAAAACCAAAAAAACAGUAAAACACAAACUGAAAAAAUGGAACAAGGCACUAAAGCAUUAAUCCAACUGGUACCAGAUAGUAGCUCAGACGAUAAACCAUUCAUUAAACUCAAAAGUCUAGCCAAUCAAAAUGAAGACGCCCCCACCAUUUUUGUACUACCUGGCAUUGAAGGUGUCGUACAAUUAAUCGAAACUUUGAGCCAGAAACUCAAAGCUCACGUUUACGGUUUGCAAUAUUCGUUCAAAAAUCCCGAAAAUACAGUCCAAGAAAUUGCAAAAAAUAUCCUACCGCACGUCAAAACAUUAUUACAAGACAGAAAAAACUUCACAUUAAUCGCCUAUUCAUUUGGGGUACUUGUGGCCUUUGAACUUGCAGUUCUCCUCGAAUCAGAGGACUGUUUUGGCACAAUUUUCGCAAUAGAUGGCGCUCCAAAGUACCUAAAAGCCUCCAUUUUGCAGCACCUUUCCGGCAGUACCGAAGGCGAAUUCGAAACGUUUAUUAUUUACUCAGUCCUAGCCCACUUUUUACCGAUCGAAUUCCUAGAUAAAAAUCGAGACAAGUUGUUAAAUUGUACCAAUUUCGCUGAAAGAAUUGAAACGGCAGCUAGUUUGGUACCACCUGAGUUAUUAAACAAGGAAAAAAUGGAUAAACAAGCUUUGAUCACUUUCCAUAGAAGGUACAAAGCAGUACGUGAAUACCAAACACAAGCAAAAAUUAAAUCAGUGAUUAGAUUGUACAAACCGGAAGUUCCGGUCGUUGGAAAUAUGCAAGAAGAUUAUAACUUAUCGGAAGUUUGUGAGAAAGUUGAAGUAAUUAAUUUGAAAGGCAAUCAUUUCACAAUUGUUGAACAAGACGGACUUGCUGAUGAUAUUACAAAGGUUCUCGGGCUUUAAUUAUUGUAUAAAUAAACCAAUUUUCUUAAAUUA